AUGGCCAGCAAGGGCAAGUCGAGAUGGGCAGAUACGGAGGAAGACGCCCAGUUAGAUGCAAGGUUAAAACAGGAAAAGGAAGAGAAGCGUCGGAAGAAGGCAGAGAAGGCGCGUAGGAUUGAGGCAGACAAACAGACGGCCCUUGCCGCAUCUUCACGAGGCCCGGAGUCAAGUCGCGACAACGAGAUUGACAGACCGUCCAAACGACGCAGAGUCACGCCCGAGACCGGAGAGAGCACGACGCAGGGAAGCACCAGCAGCAAUGACCCCAAGCCCAUCAAGCUCCUGCGGUUCGAGGAUACGGGGACUUGGCGCAAAAGUCGCAGUGUCGACAACUACGACAAGCUCAACGAUAUCGAAGAGGGCACAUACGGUUGGGUCGCAAGGGGAACAGAGCGUGCCACUGGGAAAAUCGUAGCGCUCAAGAGGUUAAAGCUUGAGCCCUCGGAUCGAAAUGGUCUGCCGGUGACGGGGCUGAGAGAGAUCCAGAUCUUGCAGGACUGUAAGCAUCGCAACAUUGUGCACUUGGAGGAGGUUGUUGUUGGCGAGGACACUUCCAAGCUGGACAACUCCAUAUUCCUCGUCCUCGAGUUCGUCGAACACGACCUCAAGGGCAUCCUCGAAGACAUGCCCGAGCCCUUCCUCUCGUCCGAAGUCAAGCGUCUCCUCCUACAACUCACGUCGGGUGUGUCCUACCUGCACGAAAAUUGGAUCCUCCACCGUGACCUCAAAACAUCCAAUCUCCUUCUAAACAACCGUGGCCAGCUCAAGAUUGCCGACUUUGGCAUGGCUCGCUACGUCGGCGAUCCUCCCCCCAAACUGACUCAACUCGUCGUGACAUUGUGGUACCGCGCCCCGGAAUUGCUCCUGGGGACAAGAACGUACGACGCAGCCGUCGACAUGUGGAGCGUGGGCUGUAUAUUCGGCGAGCUCAUCACGCGCGAGCCCUUGCUCCAGGGCUCCAACGAAGUGGACCAAAUGUCCAAGAUCUUCGAACUGUGCGGCGUGCCAACCGAGGAAUCGUGGCCCGGGUUUCGCAAGCUCCCCAACGCGCGGAGCUUGAAGCUUCCCAAGAACGCGCUGUCCAACGGGUCCGUGGUACGCGCGCGAUUUCCCAGCAUGACCACCGCCGGGGCGAGCCUCCUGAACGACUUGUUGGCUUUGGAUCCGGUCCGGCGGCCGUCGGCAAAGGAUAUGCUCAGCCACGAAUACUUCCGACAGGAUCCCAAACCGAAGCCCGAGAGCAUGUUCCCGACAUUCCCCAGCAAAGCAGGCCAGGAGCGGAGACGUCGGCAUGAGCCAAAUGCGCCCGUCAGAGGGCAAGCAGUCGCUUUAGGAGAUGUUGACCUGAGCGGCAUCUUCCAGGGGCGGGACAAGGAGGAGCGUGGAGCUGGCUUCACACUGCGAAUGGUGUAA